CAACCUCAAAUUAUUCAGGACUAUCACCUACCUUUCCUUGGGAGACCCCACCCCACCCCACAAGCCCUGCAGGGGCGGGGCCUCCGCAUCCCACCUUUGCCCGGGGUUCGCGCUCUCCGAAGUUCCGUGGGGCGCCGCCUCCCCCAUGCCGCCCUCGGGGCUGCGGCUGCUGCCGCUUCUGCUCCCACUCCCGUGGCUUCUAGUGCUGACGCCCGGGAGGCCAGCCGCGGGACUCUCCACCUGCAAGACCAUCGACAUGGAGCUGGUGAAACGGAAGCGCAUCGAAGCCAUCCGUGGCCAGAUCCUGUCCAAACUAAGGCUCGCCAGUCCCCCGAGCCAGGGGGAGGUACCGCCGGGCCCGCUGCCCGAGGCGGUGCUCGCUUUGUACAACAGCACCCGCGACCGGGUGGCAGGCGAGAGCGCUGACCCGGAGCCCGAGCCCGAGGCGGACUACUACGCCAAAGAAGUCACCCGCGUGCUAAUGGUGGACCGCAACAACGCAAUCUAUGACAAAACCAAAGACAUCACACACAGUAUAUAUAUGUUCUUCAAUACGUCAGACAUUCGGGAAGCAGUGCCAGAACCCCCAUUGCUGUCCCGUGCAGAGCUGCGCCUGCAGAGAUUCAAGUCAACUGUGGAGCAACACGUAGAACUCUACCAGAAAUAUAGCAACAAUUCCUGGCGUUACCUUGGUAACCGGCUGCUGACCCCCACUGAUACGCCUGAGUGGCUGUCUUUUGACGUCACUGGAGUUGUCCGGCAGUGGCUGAACCAAGGAGACGGAAUACAGGGCUUUCGCUUCAGUGCUCACUGCUCUUGUGACAGCAAAGAUAAUGUACUCCACGUGGAAAUCAAUGGGAUCAGUCCCAAACGUCGAGGUGACCUGGGCACCAUCCAUGACAUGAACCGACCCUUCCUGCUCCUCAUGGCCACCCCCCUGGAAAGGGCUCAACACCUGCACAGCUCCAGGCACCGGAGAGCCCUGGAUACCAACUACUGCUUCAGCUCCACAGAGAAGAACUGCUGUGUACGGCAGCUGUACAUUGACUUUAGGAAGGACCUGGGUUGGAAGUGGAUCCACGAGCCCAAGGGCUACCAUGCCAACUUCUGUCUGGGGCCCUGCCCCUACAUUUGGAGCCUGGACACACAGUACAGCAAGGUCCUUGCCCUCUACAACCAACACAACCCGGGUGCUUCCGCAUCACCGUGCUGCGUGCCGCAGGCUUUGGAGCCACUGCCCAUCGUCUACUACGUGGGUCGCAAGCCCAAGGUGGAGCAGUUGUCCAACAUGAUCGUGCGCUCCUGCAAGUGCAGCUGAGGCCCCGCCCCCGCCCCGCCCCGCCCCUCCCGGCAGGCCCGGCCCCGCCCCCGCCCCGCCCGCAGUGCCCGGGGCUGUAUUUAAGGACACCUGCACCCCCCCCAAGCCCAUCUGGGGGCCCAUUAAAGGUGACAGAGGA